UAUACACACAAGGACAACAAGAGAAAAUAACAAUAUGUCUGAGAUUCCAAAGACGCAAAAGGCAGUCAUCUUCUACGAGAACAAAGGUGAAUUGCAAUACAAGGACAUUCCAGUUCCAGAGCCAAAGCCAAAUGAGAUUUUGAUCAAUGUCAAGUACUCUGGUGUCUGUCACACCGAUUUGCACGCAUGGCACGGGGAUUGGCCAUUGCCAACCAAGUUGCCUUUGGUUGGUGGUCACGAAGGUGCCGGUGUCGUUGUUGCUAAGGGUUCCGAAGUGAAGAACUUUGAGAUUGGUGACUACGCCGGUAUCAAGUGGUUGAACGGAUCCUGUAUGUCCUGUGAGUUCUGUGAGAAGUCCUUCGAGGCCAACUGUCCAAAGGCCGACUUGUCUGGUUACACUCACGAUGGUUCAUUCCAACAAUACGCCACCGCUGACGCUGUCCAAGCCGCCCACAUUCCAAAGGGCACUGACUUGGCCGAAGUUGCUCCAAUCUUGUGUGCUGGUGUCACCGUUUACAAGGCAUUGAAGACCGCUGACUUGGAGCCAGGUCAGUGGGUUGCCAUCUCCGGUGCCGGUGGUGGUUUGGGUACUCUUGCCAUUCAAUACGCUAAGGCCAUGGGUCUUAGAGUUUUGGCCAUCGAUGGUGGUGAGGACAAGGGUGCAUUGUGUAAGGAGCUCGGCGCUGAAGUGUUUGUCGACUUCACAAAGUCCAAGGACAUUGUCAGUGACAUCCAAGCUGCCACCAACGGUGGUCCACACGGUGUCAUCAACGUUUCCGUCUCUGAAAAGGCCAUCGAACAAUCCACAGAGUACGUUAGAACAUGUGGUACCGUUGUGCUUGUCGGUUUGCCAGCUGGUGCUGUUGCUCGUGCACAAGUCUUUGGUGCUGUGGUCAAGUCUAUUGCCAUCAAGGGUUCUUAUGUCGGUAACAGAGCUGAUACCCGUGAGGCCAUCGACUUCUUUGCAAGAGGUUUGGUGAAGUCUCCAAUCAAGAUUGUCGGCUUGUCAGAGCUACCAAGGGUUUACGAAGAGAUGGAGAAGGGUGCCAUUCUCGGUCGUUAUGUUGUUGACACUUCCAAGUGAAGGAGCUCAACACUCUUCAUCAUCUACUUUAAUUAUUCCUCCUUUC